UCCAUGUUGUCUAACGGGGGUUAUGGGUUGCAUGCCGCAGAUGAGCCCCCCCUUCAGAGUCGCCGCGAUGCUGACCCCUCCUCCAGAGCCCAGCAGGGCGCUCCAGCCAACACAAGCUCCGACUGGGAGAAUGGUCCAGGGGAGAACAGCUUCAGGAGUGAAGCUCAGGGACAAGUGGAUCACCAUCACGCGAAGUCCUCCAAAAGCAUGGACCUGGUGGCAGAUGAAAGCAACGUUGGGGCUCUCACAGGGCAGAAGUCAGUGUUUGCGCUGGCCCAGGAGCUGGGUCCGACUCUGGGCCUGAAGAAGUCCAGCUCGCUGGAGAGUCUGCAGACGGCUGUCUCCGAGGCGCAGCGCAUCAAUCAACAGCAACAGCUCCUCCCCUUCCACAGGCCACGCCCACACAUGGUACGAGGCCGUGGCUGCAACGAGAGUUUCCGCGCCGCCAUCGACAAAUCUUAUGACGGCCCUCCCGAGGAUGACGAUGAUGACUUCUCGGAGCAGAGUUCGGGCUGCGACACCCCAGCCAGCAGCUCGUCCCGUCAGGGCCUGGGGGACGGCGAGGAGGUCAAGAAAGACAAGAAGAAAAAGAACAAAGGGAAGAAGAAGGACAAGACGAAAAGCAAAGGGAAAGAGAAGGAGAAGGAGAGAGAGAAGGAGAGAGAGAAGGAGAGAGAGAAGGACAAGAGGAAGGACGACGCCACCGAAGAGCCGGACAAGAAAACCAAAAAGAAAGGAUUUGGAUUGCUGAGGUUUGGGAAGAAGAAGGAGGAGAAGAAAGAGGGGAAGACGGCGGCCAUUAAGCACACGGCCGACAUCCUGAGCGAGGAGGAGCUGGAGAGGAUGAAGGAGGAGAGAGAGAGGAUCGAGGCCAAGCACCAGGAGCUCCGUGACCGCCAGGCGGCGUGACGCUACCACGUCGCC